AUGAGUCACGGGGGAUCUACAUCACCAAUGCGUGAUCUCGACGCAACAGUGAGAGACGCGCCUUGGAGCGCAGCGCUUGCGCAUGUAACCGGUGCGCGUACAACUUUUGAGAAAUCAAAAACUACAAUUAAUACGAUCUGUGAUACGCAAAGAAUUGAUGCCAAAAUACGUAGUGACCAUAGAAACACAAGUUUAUAUAACAAGUCUAUUAAAAUAAUCAAAGUGAAAGGUGCAGGCCCGAGAAACCUCUUCGUUGUCUUUAUGUACGCU